AUGGUACAAAAUCAUACGAAGGCUCCUCCUCGACAGCGGCGGUUCGGUCUCCGCCUUCAGCCGAGCUCGUCUUUGCUCUUGCCCUGUUUGCGGGGCAUCUUCUUGGUGCUGCUGUCCUCCAGCUCUUUGCUCUUCAGUGUGGCUCUGGGCUCCACCUCCCAUCUCCACCUCCCCUCUCCUCUCCCAUCUCCCCUCUCCCAUCUCCACCUCCCCUCUCCUCAGACAUCUCCACCUCCCCUCUCCUCUCCCAUCUCCCCUCUCCCAUCUUCACCUCCCCUCUCCUCCGACAUCUCCACCUCCCCUCUCCUCCGCCAUCUCCACCUCCCCUCUCCUCCGACAUCUCCACCUCCCCUCUCCUCCGCCAUCUCCACCUCCCCUCUCCUCCGACAUCUCCACCUCCCCUCUCCUCCGCCAUCUCCACCUCCCCUCUCCUCAGACAUCUCCACCUCCCCUCUCCUCCGAUAUCUCCACCUCCCCUCUCCUCUCCCAUCUUCACCUCCCCUUUCCCAUCUUCACCUCCCCUCUCCUCCGAUAUCUCCACCUCCCCUCUCCUCCGACAUCUCCACCUCCCCUCUCCUCCGACAUCUCCACCUCCCCUCUCCUCAGACAUCUCCACCUCCCCUCUCCUCCGCCAUCUCCACCUCCCCUCUCCUCAGACAUCUCCACCUCCCCUCUCCCAUCUUCACCUCCCCUCUCCUCAGACAUCUCCACCUCCCCUCUCCUCAGCCAUCUCCACCUCCCCUCUCCUCCGCCAUCUCCACCUCCCCUCUCCUCCGCCAUCUCCACCUCCCCUCUCCUCCGCCAUCUCCACCUCCCCUCUCCUCCGACAUCUCCACCUCCCCUCUCCUCCGCCAUCUCCACCUCCCCUCUCCUCCGACAUCUCCACCUCCCCUCUCCUCCGACAUCUCCACCUCCCCUCUCCUCCGACAUCUCCACCUCCCCUCUCCUCCGCCAUCUCCACCUCCCCUCUCCUCAGACAUCUCCACCUCCCCUCUCCUCCGACAUCUCCACCUCCCCUCUCCUCUCCCAUCUUCACCUCCCCUUUCCCAUCUUCACCUCCCCUCUCCUCCGAUAUCUCCACCUCCCCUCUCCUCCGACAUCUCCACCUCCCCUCUCCUCCGACAUCUCCACCUCCCCUCUCCUCAGACAUCUCCACCUCCCCUCUCCUCCGCCAUCUCCACCUCCCCUCUCCUCAGACAUCUCCACCUCCCCUCUCCCAUCUUCACCUCCCCUCUCCUCAGACAUCUCCACCUCCCCUCUCCUCAGCCAUCUCCACCUCCCCUCUCCUCCGCCAUCUCCACCCUCUCCUCCGCAUCUCCUCCGCCCUCCCCAUCUCCACCUCCCCUCUCCUCCGCCAUCUCCACCUCCCCUCUCCUCCGCCAUCUCCACCUCCCCUCUCCUCCGCCAUCUCCACCUCCCCUCUCCUCCGCCAUCUCCACCUCCCCUCUCCUCCGCCAUCUCCACCUCCCCUCUCCUCCGCCAUCUCCACCUCCCCUCUCCUCCGACAUCUCCACCUCCCCUCUCCUCCGAUAUCUCCACCUCCCCUCUCCUCCGCCAUCUCCACCUCCCCUCUCCUCCGCCAUCUCCACCUCCCCUCUCCUCCGAUAUCUCCACCUCCCCUCUCCUCCGCCAUCUCCACCUCCCCUCUCCUCCGCCAUCUCCACCUCCCCUCUCCUCAGACAUCUCCACCUCCCCUCUCCUCCGAUAUCUCCACCUCCCCUCUCCUCCGACAUCUCCACCUCUCCUCUCCUCCGCCAUCUCUACCUCCCCUCUCCUCCGACAUCUCCACCUCCCCUCUCCUCCGCCAUCUCCACCUCCCCUCUCCUCUCCCAUCUCCACCUCCCCCUCUCCUCCGACAUCACCUCCUCACUCAUCUCAUGA